AUGUUUGAGGCAAAUAGAACUCAAAGCAUCAUACAACUUUAUGUUGGUGAAAUCCCUGAAGAAGAUAUGCAUGCUGAUCGAACUGUUGUAGAGGAUAAUAUUGAGGUUGAUGGUGAACAAAAUCUAAAUCCUAAUGCUGAACAACCCCAAAAUGAUGAGGCCAAAAGUGAUGCUUCAGAUGCUUCACAGGAAGGUAAUAGGGAUGGUCGUAGGAAAGUUGAAUAUGACUCUGAUUUUGAUUUUUUCCUAGAUGGGGAUGAUUUAAAUGAUGCAUGUGAUCCUAUAGAUGAUGAAGAGAGGGAUGGUGGUGAAAGCAAGAGAGAAAGCAAAGGAAGUAGUGAAAGGGUUAUGUGCAAAGCAGUAUGCAAGAUUAAGAGACAUUGUGCAACACUUCUACAAAGAAAUCCAGGUUCAGUGGCAUUUAUUGUAACUGAACAGCCCCAACUUUGUAAAAGUCCAAUCUUCAAGAGAAUAUUUGUGAUGUUUACUGCACAAAAGGAAGGUUUUGUAAAUGCAUGUAGGCCUAUAAUAGGGCUGGAUGCAUGUCAUCUUAAGGGGAUCAUAGGAGGGCAGCUUAUGUCUGCAAUUGGUAGGGAUGCUAAUAACCAGAUGUUCCCAAUUGCUAUGGCUCUUGUUGAGUCUGAGUGCAAAGAUAGUUGGGGGUGGUUUUUGGACAGCUUUACCGAUGCUAUUGGGACUCCAAUUGAAAGGGGUUGGGUAUUUCUAUCAGAUAGACAAAAGGGAUUAAUUGAUUGCAUUGAGAAUAAGUAUCCUAGAGUGGAGCAUCGAUUCUGUGUUAAACACAUGUAUGCUAACUUCAAGCUGAAAUUCAAGGAUAAGCACCUAAGAGAUUUAAUGUGGGGGGCAGCUAGGGCUUAUUCACCCAGUCACUAUGAAAGCAAAAUGAGAGAGUUGCAAUUAGUAGCCCCAGAAGCACAUGCAUGGCUUAGUUCCAUACCAGCUAACCUAUGGGCUAGACACACCUUUUCCCCAAGGACAAAAUGUGACCUUUUAAGUAAUAAUAUAUGUGAGAGCUUUAAUCAAUACAUUAAAGAUGCUAGGGAGGAGCCUCUUUUAACUAUGUUUGAAGCCAUUCGAAGGCAGAUAAUGUGUAGAUUUCAAGAAAAAAGAGACUGGAUUCAAAAGAUGAAGUCUCAUAUUUGUUCUAGGAUUUGUCAGAAAAAUGAAGAGAGGAAAAAACAGGUAGCUCAGUUUGAUGCACUUGUGUCUACAAGAGAGAUGUAUGAGGUGACUGGUAUAGUAGGAACUUUUGCUGUUAAUGCAGUUCAAAGGUCUUGCACAUGUAAUGAGUGGGAUAUGACAGGAAUUCCAUGUGUCCAUGCAUGUGCUGGACUUGUGCAAGACAACAAAAGCCCAUAUGUUUUGGUUAGGUUCUACUAA